AUGGAGAGGGUGGUUCAUAAGGCGAAACCACUUCCCAAAGAGUUGCCCAUUAUGACAAAAGUUUCAAAUAAUUAUGACAAUAGUUUGUUAAGAGAAGAGAGUAGGAAUCCAUCGACUGAGCGUGACUCAGGGCAUUUAGACUCGGCUUCACUUGUGCAAAGAUGGAAAGGAAAGAACUCUUCGACAGAUAAUGGAGAACUCAUUCUUGAUUUUGUUUCGUUUAAGGCGAGUGGUGAUUCGUUCGAGGAAAGUGGCUCGACUUCAUUCCAUGGGGAGAAAGACGAAUGUAUAUGGGAUUCUUCACUACCUCCGAGUGGUAAUGUUAGCCCCCACAGUAGUAUUGAUAGCACUGGUGUUUUCACGACUAUGAGUAUUGUCAAUAGCUGCACUAGCACAAACCGGAGUGACGUGAUAAUGAGUGAUGGGAUGCUUAGUGUUGACAGAAACUACGAAAGUAGAAAAGGGAGCAUUCGAGGGGACUCACUUGAGAGUACUAAAACUAGCCUUAGCCGAGCAAGUGAUAGCAGUGGCCUUAGUGAUGACAGUAACUGGAGUAAUAUAACUGGCAGUGCAAAUAAACCUCACAAAGGAAAUGAUCCUCGAUGGAAGGCCAUUCUUGCUAUUCGAAUCCGUGAUGGUACUUUAGGCAUGAGUCAAUUCAAGUUGCACAGAAGACUUGGAUGCGGAGAUAUUGGAAGUGUGUAUCUCUCGGAGUUGACUGGAACUCGGUGUUUGUUUGCAAUGAAAGUAAUGGAUAAAGCGUCUCUUGCAAGCAGGAACAAAUUGACCAGGGCACAGACUGAAAGAGAAAUCCUACAGCUGCUAGACCAUCCAUUCUUACCGACACUGUACACUCAUUUUGAAACGGACAGAUUCUUGUGCUUGGUCAUGGAAUAUUGUCCAGGAGGCGAUCUGCAUACCCUGAGGCAACGACAACCAGGGAAACAUUUUUCGGAGUAUGCUGCACGGUUUUAUGCUGCUGAGGUUUUACUGGCGCUCGAGUAUCUUCACAUGUUGGGAGUUGUGUACAGAGACCUGAAACCUGAAAACAUUCUGGUUCGCGAUGAUGGCCACAUUAUGCUUUCUGACUUCGAUCUUUCCCUGAGAUGUGCAGUUUCGCCAACCCUAAUAAGAACAUCUGGAUCUGAUUCUGAUCCUUCUAAACGAGGAGCUGCAUUCUGUGUACAGCCAGUGUGCACUGAGCCCACAUCAGCAUGUAUUCAGCCAUCAUGUUUCCUUCCUCGAAUUUUCGGACAAAAAAGUAAGAAAAAUAGUCCCGGAAAACCACGAGCAGAGCUCGGUCUGCAUUCCGGCAUGCUGCCCGAGCUAGUUGCAGAACCCACUGCAGCACGGUCUAUGUCAUUUGUUGGCACCCAUGAAUACUUAGCCCCUGAAAUUAUCAAGGCAGAAGGCCAUGGAAGUGCAGUUGAUUGGUGGACAUUUGGUAUUUUCUUACACGAACUACUCUACGGUAAAACCCCAUUUAAAGGCUCGGGGAAUCGAGCAACCCUCUUCAACGUAGUCGGGCAGCAGCUUAAAUUUCCAGACUCACCCGCAACCAAUUAUGCCAGCCGGGAUCUUAUCCGAGGACUACUUGUUAAAGAUCCACAACAACGGCUUGGGGUGAAGAGAGGUGCAACAGAGAUAAAGCAGCACCCUUUCUUCGAGGGUAUUAAUUGGGCUCUGAUACGCUGCAGUACACCACCGGAGGUGCCAAGACCAGUCGAGAUGGAGCCCCAAGUGAAGUUUGAGCAAGUAAGCCCAAUCGUCAGCAGCCACAGCAAAAGGGUGGUAGGAACAGAGAUGAAGCCUGGGGGAAAUUUUCUGGAUUUUGAGUUCUUUUAG